AUGAGUGAAGAACCGGAAGUGGAGCCUACUCCUCAACAAAAGCAAGUUUCAAAGUGGGACAAGCUCAGAUCCAAUGUCCUCAAGUCGAUGCGCAUCUCCUAUAUGAAUUGGACCUAUUUGCCUCGAUGGAAUGGAGAACCUGAAACUUGGGAUCAGCGCUUAUUCCGAUACAGUCAUUUUCCGAUGGCAACUCAAGCAUUUGCCUACUUCGCUUAUCGUGCUGCCUGCCAAAACUUGUUUGGGAGAUUCUUUAUUUAUUCCACCGAUACGAGACUCCUACUGUAUGAUACCCUUUUCCGCUCUCCCCUAGAAACAAAUGCUCCUUCAAUUAGGAGAAGCAGUCGUUUUGGGCGCUGUUUCCACUCUUAUUGCCACCGUUUUCUCUUUACCUCUUAUCGUGUAACACUCAGAGAAUUCACAAAGUUCCCCAUCGCUCCUUCCGCUACUACCUCACUAGCACUUGUACGGUCGCGGGAGGGAAACACGAUCUUCUCACAGAAUGGAGUCGUUUUAGGCAAAAACAAACGCGCAGGAAUCGAAGGAACCUGCUAUGUGGCUGGUUCGCGUGCUUUAUUGUCUCUGGCUAAUGUAACGGUUCCACUUUGGUUGGUUUCGUUGUUUGAAAAGCGAAACAUGGUGUUCUUCACUCCAUUGAAAGGAAUAAUCUUCACUGAAUUUGCAGUGAUUGCUUCUUGUCUGUUAGUGCCUAUUGCUAUGGGACUUAUUAGCCCGAUUGGAAAGAUUACUAUCGAUGUGCCUGUGGUGCCUGAUGAAAAGGAAGAAGGUUCCGAGCCUAAGACUUCUCCAGAAAAAGUGUUUUAUUUUAGAGGUUACUGGCCUGUUUGUGGAGAAACAUAG